GUCCUGUCCAACGCUAUAGUAUUCCCGUUUGAGUCCUUGCUCGACUGGUCACUGUUCACGAUCAAGCUUCCAGAGAGCUACGUCGUGACGCAACCCAAAAACAUAAUCAGGCUCCUGCGUCGUAUAGCGGCGGAUCCCCGGCUCCUGUUUCCGCUACAGGAAAAUCUCC